UUAGAUGUUUAUGCUUUACAUUAUGAGAAAUUAUAAGUGAAAAGCCAGAUGUGUGCAAAACCAUAUAUACAAAAAGAAGCAAUGUGGUCUACUGUGAAUAUACCCCGUCAUAUAAUACAGAAAUACCAUUUCAGAAUGAUUAAUAAGAUUACAAGCUUUUCUUUAAGUUCUGCUUAAUUUCUUUACAAAUUUAGACGUUCGGUAACUUAAAUAAAAGAAAUUGUCCGUUAUGGGAGUAACAGGUCUUUGGAAGUUGGUUGAGCCUUGUGGUAGCCCUGUUCCUAUUGAAACUCUGGAUGGAAAAAUACUUGCUAUUGAUAUAUCCAUUUGGCUUCAUCAGGUUGUUAAAGGAUUUCAAGAUAAUAAAGGUUCCUUGUUACCACAUGCUCAUUUAUUGGGUCUUUUCCAUCGUUUGUGUAAACUAUUGUACUAUCGUAUACGUCCGGUUUUUGUAUUUGAUGGAUUGGUGCCACAAUUGAAACGUGAUACAAUUGCUCGAAGGCAUCACCAACGUAGUAAGAUAAACAAUGAAGCGAAUAGAAUACAAUCUCUAUUGCUUGAAUCACUUGCUAAAGAAAAAUUAGUGCAACAAGCAUUAGGUGUUAAUGCUCAAUUCUUAACGAAAUCGCCUAACAAAAGAAAAAAUAAUCAUAAUAAUAAGAAUGAAAAUGAAAAAGAUGAUAUAUUCAUAUUACCUGAACUUCCUGCCCAAAAAGAAUCUAAGAAGAAUCAGGAAUACAUGGAUUCAUGCCUUAGUUCUUUUUUAGAAGUAUCAGAAGCUGACAGCUUCUUUGAUGACUCUAAUCCUUGGGGGGAAUAUACUGCAAACAUUCAAGCAAUAGAUGUGCGCAGUGAACAUUUUAAAAGCCUGCCACCUGAAGUUCGGCAUGAAAUAUUGGUAGAUAUAAAGGAUACGCGCAAGCAGUCUUCAUGGGGUCGUCUACAUGAAUUACCUUCGAGCAGUAACGAAUUCAGUUCUUUUCAAAUGAAGAGGCUUCUUAAGCGACGCGCUGUUCAAGAAAGUAUUGAAGAAACUGAGAAAGAAAUGGGUGAACGAGCAUUAACAUUUACAGAUUUACAAAACUUCUUUACUGAAGAGGGGAUUCUAGAUCCCGAAAAUAUACAUGAAAAGGCAAAACCAGUAUGUUCCGAUGAAGCCGUCCGCUUUAUGUUAGUGCGUGAUUUACGCAAAACACUAUUGAAAGAUAAUAAAAAUAAUGUAUCCUCUUCGAUAAAAAAUGAUAGCGCUGUGAAAAUAAGUGUCCCUGAGGAUAAAGUUGCACACAAUUUGGAAGAACCUAAAAAAAGCAAUGAAUGCUUUGGAAAUCAAUUAGAUGAAAUAAAUAAAGAACACAAUGAUGAUUUAGCAUUGGCUAUUGCUCUAUCAGUGGAAGAUGAAGCGGAACCAGUGUAUAGUAAUGAAGACUAUAAUUACAACACUAAUGUCGACAUAAAACUCAACCGGCAACAACGUAAUCAAUUAAAAAAUGCCGCGAUUGGCCCGGCUCGUGCUUAUAUGAUUGAAUAUGGUGGAUUGAAUGACGAAGAAGUUGGAGAAAUAAUGGAGAAGACGCAAGUUGAUUAUGAUACUGAGAAUGAGGAUUUUAAUGUUGCCAAGGGAAUCGUGGCACCUUUAAGUUAUAUUUCUACCCAAUGUACAUACAAACAGUCAAACGAGAUAAAUCCUGGCGAUGCGGAAAUUUCUAAACAAUCAUUCGAAGUAUCCAGUCAAGAGAUAAGUCUACGAAUGAGUGAUAGCUCAGAAACAGAUUCGGAUUUAGAAGAAGUUGUCGAUAAUAUACCAAUGACUUGUAAAAACGUGUCUAAUUUGGAAGUGGUUAUAGAUACUCAAGACAGAAUAUUUCCUGAAGACGAUUUAUUUACAGAUAUUUUUGGAUCAAAAGAGGAGAAACCAUCUGAAAUUGUUGCAGAAACUUUUGUCACUAAAUGUUCUAUUUCUAAUGAAAGUUCUGAAAUUAUCAUAGUGGACAGUAAUCAAUCUAUUGAUAGGUGUAGUAAUGUAAAUUGGGGAUCAAAAGACAAGAAAUUUGUCCAAACUAAUGGGCCAAAAGCUCCGAUAACAAUGGAAAAUGUAGCUACAACUACUCAAAUGUCUUCUAUAUUCAAUGAUCUCAAAAAACAAGCAAAUGAGGUCAAAAACAUAAAUUUAGAUAACGUUAAUAUUAAUGAAAUUAUAGAAAUAUAUGACAGUGAUGACCAAAGGUUGGAACAUGUAACGCCGAAUAAAUCACCUAAAUUUGAAACGCCUACAAAAAACAAAAGUAUUAACGAGUAUUUUGAAACAAAGUAUGUAGUAAAACGAACUCCAGAAAGUAAUAAAAAGAAGGACGAUAAACGAGAAAGAUGUAAUGUAAAGUCCCCUUUUUUUGUGAAGAAAUCAAACUCAUCCCACCGAAAAGAAUGCGUUAUGAAAUUGAAUGAGUCUUCACUUCGUGGGCGAAAGCUCUCGAAAGCAUCCAAAACACUAUUUGGAAAUACGAGUAAAUCACCUGAAAAUAAAGAGGAAGUGAAUGCCAAUUUAUGUGGUGAGGAUUUACUAAAAACUGCGACCAGUAUUGUCAAUGAACAAAAUUCCGAGCAACUAGAAGUACUAGCUUCAGAAUUAGCCAAAGAACGACGAGAUUUAGAAAUUGAACGUAACCGACAAGAUCGCAUGGGCACAGCAAUAAAUCAAACUAUGCAUUCUGAAUGCCAGGAGUUAUUAAGAUUAUUUGGCAUUCCUUAUGUUAUUGCACCUAUGGAGGCAGAAGCACAAUGCGCUUUUCUUGAUUCAGCAAAUUUAACUCAAGGUACUAUUACUGAUGACAGUGAUAUUUGGUUAUUUGGCGGCAGAACCGUAUAUAAGAAUUUUUUUGAACAAAAUAAACACGUUUUAAAAUUUGAAGCCGAUAAAAUUAGCCAUGCUUUUAACUGUGACCGUGCAAAGUUAAUACAGUUAGCUUGCUUAGUAGGUAGUGAUUACACAACAGGUAUACAUGGCAUUGGUACUGUUACAGCUUUGGAAAUCUUGGCAACGUUUUCGUUGGCAACAAAGCCUACCAAAGAAGAUUGUAGCGAACAAAGUAUAACAACUAGCUCCGUACUGUCAACCUUAUACCGUUUUCGAGACUGGUUCAAAAUACACAAAGAUUUAACACAGCCUACUGGUAGUUCUACACGUCUUAACUUGCGAAAAAAAUUAAAAAACAUUGAAUUAAAUGACGGAUUUCCCAAUCCAGCAGUUAUUGAAGAAUAUUUGUUCCCAACAAUUGAUGAUAGUAAGGCAACAUUUAGCUGGGGAUAUCCCGACGUUGAAUCUAUACAUGCUUUCGCGAAAAAAGUAUUCGGUUGGACAACAGUAAAAACAGAUGAAGUGCUUAAGCCUGUGCUGAAACGAAUCAACGAUAAACAAACUCAAUCCAGUAUACGCAACUAUUUUACUAUAAAAAGUGCUUUAAAGCCACGAGACUUAAAAGUAAGCAAGAGAGUACAGAAAGCGAUCGAUACAAUGGCUGGAAAAUUGAAUGAAAGCGAAGUAGAAAUGCCUGUUAUUAAAAAAAGAGGCAAUAACAGAUGUAGAAACAUUCAAAAUGAAGCCACCAAAACCCAUAAUGAGAUGAAUAAUUCUGUUCAGAGUAAUUCUGUAUCAGAUGUUGCAAGCACAAGUUCAGUAUUGAAGAAAGAAAUAUGUAGACGUUCAUCUUUCCUACCGGAGAGUAAACCAGUGGUCCGACAACGAGAAAACGAUAAGGAUAUAAUACGCCGGUAUAGAGAAAACACAGCUGCAUUGUUGAAUAAGUCUACCUCUGUAAUGUCAGUUAGAAAAUAUGCCAAAAAGAGACGAACAGAAUGAAAACGAAGUUUAUAUACACCCAACUCUUUUUUUUACA